UUGCCAUGGUUACGUUUGAAUUAUACUAAAAUUAUAUUGCCAUGGUUACAUUUGAAUUAUAUAAAAAUUAUAUUGCCAUGGUUACGUUUGAAUUAUACUAAAAUUAUAUUGCCAUGGUUACAUCUGACUUACAUUAAAAAUUAGAUUGCCAUGGUUACGUUUGACUUACAGUAAAAAGAUAUCGUCAUGGUUACAUGUGACUUACAUUAAAAUGAUAUUGCCAUAGUUACAUGUGACUUACAUUAAAAUGAUAUCGCCAUGGUUACGUUUGACUUACUGUAAAAAGAUAUCGCCAUGGUUACGUUUGUCUUACUGUAAAAAGAUAUCGCCAUGGUUACGUUUGACUUACACUAAAUGAUAUGUUUGAAAAGAGUUUAAUUCUAAAAGAGUGGAAUUAUUUCUUCCUCUGAGGUCUCAUACAGUUAAAGAAUGUAGUGCACCCACUUGUCAUACACAUGCAUCUUCCCACUAGAGGUGAAAAUGAGUACAUCUGGUACACAGUGUUUUAUCCUGUAUAAGUACAGUAUAAAACAAUAGAAAACAACUUUAAGUAAAUUCAUUUGAAAUAAGUCCCAGAGCCAGGGUGCGUUCAAGAUCGCAUGUGUGUAUCUGUAAACGUGACAUUUAUUAUGUCCAUAACCCACAUGAGUAAGAACACAACAAACAUGCAGUCAGCGUUAACCCUCAUCAUCCUAAACCAAUCACGAGGAGGCAAAUGUUUCCCAAAACAGAGAAAGAGUCAACUCUGCAUUCAUCAGUCUGGCUCUUUCACUCUAACGCCCCAGUGGACUGGGUAUGAGGAUCACUGUUUAAUGUUGCAAGAACACAUAAGAGAACAAAACUAAAAGCCCACCAACUUAUUUUUUGUUCGGUACCAACGGGAAGGUGCCUCUAAAUCAUUUCUGGAGGUGACGACUUCUGGUUUCUCCUCAGGAGGGACAUGUGUUACUCUUGAAGGAGUUUCAAAAGCAAGAACUGGAACUUACUGGAUUUUUAACUACUCAGGUAAUGGAUUAUUCGACUGUUUGGACACUCUAAAACUUUCCCAAGCUUAGGGAGUGACCCUCUACCUUUAGCCCACAUAUAUUAUAUGUGUAUGAGCAGUGGUGGUCAGCACCUGGAGUUGACAGCCUGCUAGUCAAGAACUUCCUAGUUACGGGACCUUUAGUGACUACUGGAUGCUGUGUUUCUGGACACUGUGCUCCUUUGAAAGUUCUCAGCUGAACGUGUGUAAAAACAAUGGUUGAGGGUGUGUGUGAGCUCAUCGGUGUUUGCCUGGGCGUCGUUGGUCUGAUCGGUGUUUCAGCUGUAACGGGUCUCCCCAUGUGGAGGGUGACGGCAUUCAUCCAGGAGAACAUCAUCGUCAUGGAGACGCGCUGGGAGGGUUUAUGGAUGAACUGCUACCGCCAGGCCAACAUACGCAUGCAGUGCAAGGUGUACGACUCGUUGCUCUAUCUGCCUCCUGAGCUCCAGGCUGCCCGAGGUCUGAUGUGCUGCUCAGUGGCACUGAGCUUUGUGGGAUUGGUGGUAUCCAUGCCAGGCUUACGUAGCGGUUCCUGUUUUUCUGAUCAACCACGACUUAAAUCUCUCAUUAUCGCAAUCGCUGGCGCAAUGGAGAUCAUGGCUGCCAUUUGUGUCCUUGUUCCUGUGUCCUGGACGGCCCAUUCCAUCAUUCAGGACUUUUAUAACCCGCUAUUACUUGAUGCCCAACGCAGGGAACUUGGUGAAGCUCUUUACAUUGGCUGGGUCGCUGCAUUCAUCCUCUUUUCCUCUGGUGUCGUCUUCCUUGUAUGCCGGAAUUAUCAAUCAAAUCAACCCUACCCAGUUUACGCCCCCAAUAGAUUGAUGAUGCCACAUUUCCAACCCCUCAUACCAACCCCAAGCUCGAUGAGCUCCCACCAACCUCUGUUUCUGAACCACAGCUUUUCUUCUCAGCAGCCUUCUCAUUUGGCAUACAAUUUCCCUGCAGCACCCUCUGGUGGCCAAGCUCCACUCUACAACGUUCCUGUAGUUUAUCCUGCUAAUAUGAUACCUGUUCAGCACCACCCAUCUCUGCACAGCUCGCACGACUCAGGGAUGAUCUCCAUACCAAUAAAACCCUUCCAUUCACGCACACACUCUGCCCACCAGAGUGUCCAUUCCACACCUCCUGCUGAUGGGAACUUCGGGACCGGCGAACAGCCCACUGUACCUCUUCCACCUGUGGUCAGAAACAUAUGGAAAAGAACCGGAUCACACCAGCUCUCCAGUACACACUCAAGUUCAGGAAUAUAUAUAUGAACAUCUUUAAAGCAGUGUAAAUAUACAUAUCCUCCAGAAAUAUUUAUGUAAUACUUACCAGUAAGAACUUCAUUAGCUAUCAAACACUAGAUGAAUCUGUAAUCUGUUGGGGGUAUUCAGAGUUGCAUCAAUAUUUAUGCGGGGUAAAGUUUCUCGUAUUCAGAGUCGGGUUACACAGCUGCUCAAGUCAAUUUUCUGGGCUCUUUCUGGGAAAUGAUCCGCAUCCCAGAGGUUACCAGUGUCCGAGAUCGGGUUUUCGAUAGCGUCUAGACCGCUGCCUUUAAACACAAGACCUAAAGGAAGUACAGAUUCCUCCCGCCGCCUUAAAAAAAAUUCAGGGAUAG